AUGACCAAAACCUUGCAUCAAUAAAUACAUUACAAGUAGUUUCUUAAAACGCCGAGCUAUUCUAAUAAUAGGAUCUUGCAUAAAAUUAAGAAAUUAUUACUGAUAAGGCUUAUUCAUACUUUUUAGAAGAAUUGGAUAAAGAUAAUUGAAGGAAAUAAACUCUUAGAUAUUUUUUCAGACUCCUCCUACAAAGCAGCAGUAUUUAAUUUAAUUAAAAUGCAAUCUAUAGUAUAAGAGUCUGCCAUUUAAGGAUUUUGAAUAAAUAUCGAGGAUCGAAGGACAUGCAAGUGUAAGAAAUAUAUUAAAAAAUAAAGAGAUAAUAGAAAUGCAAAAAGAGUUAUAUUCUAAAGAUCUAGCAAAUUUUUCAAAUAAAUUAAAAUUAGAUAUGCAGAACAAACCUAAGAAAUUAGAAUAAUUAGAAUCCUAAGUUUUAAUUGGAGAUAAUAAAACACUUUUAAAAAAUUAAUUGUAAUAGGCAUAUGAAGAUUAUGAAUCAUAUAUUGAUAAUAUAACAGAAAUGUCAUAGAAAUGGAUAUAGCCUCAUUUACUUGAGAGAAAUCAGCAAAGAUCAAAAUGUUUAAUUGAUUAAGUGAUACAAAAUAUGAAAGGUAUUGAAGAUGAUUUAAGGAGAUUAUGUGGUAAAAGCUAUACAGAAUUAUUAUAGAUAAGAAAAGAUAAAGUUUUAUAAUAGAAAUAGGAAGCUGAAAAUUGGAUUAAGUUCACAUUUAAUUUUUACUUAAUAGUAUAAUCCUUUAACAGGGAAAAAGAGGAAAAUCACUUUGGUGAUUUCAAAUCACAUCUAAUCUCAAAAUAAUACAAUAAUUAUGAGGGAGAAGUUAAUGAGUUCGUGUGGAGUGAAAGAGAAAAAUCUAAAGAUGUAAUCUUAUUGAAAGGCAAAGCAAGCUCGGGUAAGAGUAGGGCAUCUCGAAACAUAGAGGAAUUUUUAUGGAUAAAUGAAUCAACUUCCCCAUCAUGGCUUCCUAUUUUUGUCUCACUUCCAUCCUUAAAGAAUCCAAAGCAUAAUAUAAUUGAAUAAAAGUCUCAAAAUUAUAACUUUGGUAAAAUUUAAAUUCGAGAAUUUAAAUAAGCUGUUACCUAUUGUUAUCUAAAUAUAAUUUUUAUACUUAAAAAUUAUGAUGAAAUGAAGAUUGAAUGCAUUUAGUCUAAUUUAUACCAAACUAAUAGAUUGCAACUGAUUUAAAUUUUCAAAUACCUGGAAAAAAUGUUAAAAUUAUUAUUACAACAAUAGAAGUUUAACAUAUAGGAUAUUAAACUUGGUUUAAGGUAAAAAUCUUGAAUCAUUUAAAGUAGUGGAGUAAUUGCCAUUUAAUUAUGAAUAAAGUUCUGAAUAUUUAAAAUAAUAUUGUGAAGUCAGAAAGUAUUACAAAUUUCUUAAAUAAAUAAAAGGUCAAAAUUUCUCCCUAAAGGAGUUUAAAUUAAUUUGGACAAUUUUAGAAGAUUGCAUUAAUACAAUCACGAAUUCAAAAUAUGAUCAAUACAUGUUAUUCUAGCCAUCAGAUGUUGAAAAAAUAAUUUAGAAGUUCCAAACUAAGAAACGGGAGCUCAUAAAAAUUUCUUCAGUCAUUAACAAUGUGAAUAUUAAUCAUUUAAUGGGCACUCCUUUUAUGAUGGAAAUAAUUGUUUAUGUGUUAUCAAAAUGUCACCCACAUUUUCAGAAACAAAUUUUUUGA